AUGAAGGAAGAGAAAGAAAUGGCCAUGGUUUCACCAACUGGGGAAGACCCAUUUCGCAAAGACGCCUACUUUCUCAAACCCAUUAUCCCUAAUUCCUCCUUUGAUGAACCUUUCAAGCUCCCUCAGGGUUUCACCUCCCUCCCACCCCGUUUUGACCCAAAAAACUGGCCAUUGAAGCUUCGAUUCCGUGGAUGGCGUCUCGACCACCAAGACUUACAGACUUGGGUUGCUCACUUGGCUCCUAUUCACCAAUCUACAUGGAAGAAAGCUGGUGUCUUUGAAGCCAUCUUCAAUUCCACGUACCAAAUCAAAAGGAAAAAGGAUUUGGUUUGUGGGUUUGCUGAGAAAUGGUGUUGUGAGACCAACACAUUCAUUUUUCCAUGGGGUGAAGCAACCAUCACAUUGGAGGAUGUUAUGGUUUUGGGAGGCUUCUCUGUUUUGGGGGACUCUAUUUUGUGUCCUCUUGAAAGCAGAGAACUGAGAGAAAUAGAAGAGAAGCUUGAGAAAGAGCGAAAAGGACUCUACGAUUACUCUGUUGGGUGUAGGAAUGCUUGCACAACGUUAUGGAUGCAGAAAUUCAUGAAGAGUGGGAGUGAAUUGGAGCAUGAAGCAUUCCUUGUGUUUUGGCUGUCCAGGUAUGUGUUCCACAAUACUCCUAGUAGUUCAGUCAAUAAGGCUGUUUUCUCCAUUGCGAUUCGUUUAGCUAGGGGGAUCCCAAUUGCGCUUGCACCUGCUGUUCUUGCCCACAUUUAUAGGGAUUUGAGUAUGCUGAAAAUGACAAUUGUAGCUUCAAAUGGAUUGAAUGCUAGGAAUGAAAUUGUAGAUGCCACAAUCAUGUCACCAUUUCAUUUAGUUCAGGUUUGGGCAUGGGAAAGGUUCGUGGAACUUAGGCCUAUACCUAAUGUUAUAAGCUGUGCUGAGCCAAGAUUGGCUCGAUGGGAUAAGGUAGAUUGUCUGAAUGUUGGAAAUAUGAGGAGCGUUUUAGACAAAGCAGGUGAAGGUUUCAUUCGGCGCCCUUAUACCAUGGCCAUUAAGAACUGUGUUUUUCCUGCAUACUAUGUUGAAAUGGAAAAGUGGGUGUUGGUUGGUCCAAACUUGGAUGAUGAACAUGAUCUAAUGUCAUUUGCCAUGUUUUUGAGGGUGGCUGAGUUAGUUGGAUUUGGUACUAGACAGAAAUACCUCCCUCAUCGAGUGGCUAGGCAAUUUGGAUUUAAUCAAGACAUUCCAUGUUCUUCUGUUGCUGGACACAGCCACAGUUUUGAGAAUGCAAAGUUGUACGUUCCAUCCAGGCUUUCUGAGACAGAUACUAGCAUGAGAUACUUGAGCUGGUGGCAGGAAUCAGAGUCACGCCUCGAGCAGAAGAGUAUUCCACUGAAAAAGAAACCAACGAAAGCCGUAGAGGGGUCAAAAGAAGCAAACAAGAUAUUUAAGCCCACCAUUGCUUGUGAUUAUUCUCCAAAGAAUUCAGAAAAAGUAGUGCAGGUAUCUACAAGAAGGAAUGAUGAUAGUGAUAACCUUGUAGCUCUAGGAUUUCCUCCCACAUGUAAUGAAAUGAAUGCUGCAGAUCCUAUGGAUGAAGAUGCACUGUCUAUAUCAGAAGUUCUGAAAUAUAGGAAGAUAGAUAAAACUGUUGUUGAAACCAAGGAAAGGGGUGACUGUGAGAAAUUAUCUGGUCAAGUUCAAGAUUUGGUAUAUUCAAGUGUGGAAAAAGGUACCGGUAAUACUAUGAGGUCAGAGGGAACAAAGAAGGUACUGAAGACUGAAGCUUUGACCAGAGCAUCUAAGGCUAAGUGUAACCUGCCAAAAAGCAGCGGACAGCAACACAAGAGGUGCAAAAAAUCACAUGGCUAG